AAGACGGUGGUCAUUUAACAGCGGCAUCAAAUGAGCAGUGUGUGCAUGUAAAGGUUGACCAGCCAGGAAGUUGAGGUUUUCUGUGGGAAGUAUGCUGUGUCUGGAGAGAAGGAUGCUGGGACUUGUAGGCUUCAUAGGGGGUGACCUCCAUGCUAUGUCUGGGAGACUCCUGAGAUGCACCGUGAGGUCUUCAGCAGUCCAACAGAGUUCUGGCUCCACACACCACCCCCAGAGGGUGUGGCUCUCCUCACAGGCACCUCUCUGUGGACACCAUACCCCUAAACAUAGGACAGGCCUGUAUGGGCCUUUUACACACCCGCAGCAGACACUGGGGAGUUCCCGUGGCCCCCUUUCCCUCCCCCUUUUCACCCAGAGGGUCACCCUCUCCCAGGGACCCAACACCUCCACAGCCAAGAUCAGGUUACGAACGCGUCUGGUGGUCACCCUGCUGUUUGGCGGGGGUCUGCUUGGCACCUGGUGGUACGUGCGUAACGAGAAGCAGCAAAAUCACCGAAUGCAGCGUAUAGAGCAGUUGAAAAAGGUGGCCCUGGGCCAGGGAGACUUCAGCCUCCUCGACCACAGGGGGCACCGCAGGACCAAGAGAGACUUCCUGGGUAGCUGGGUGCUCCUCUACUUUGGCUUCACCCACUGCCCUGACAUCUGCCCCGAAGAGCUGGAUAAGGUAUCUGCUGUGGUCAGCACUCUGGACAAGGACCGGUCUCUCCCCGUGGUCCAACCGCUGUUUGUGACGGUCGACCCGGAACGAGACAACGUGGCGGCCCUGGAGAGGUACGUGAAGGACUUCCACCCCCGGCUGAUCGGCCUGACGGGUACCCCAGAGGAGGUGAAGGUGGCGGGGAAGGACUACAGGGUGUACGCCAGCCCUGGACCUAAGGAUGAGGACGGGGACUAUAUAGUGGACCACACCAUCCUCAUCUACCUGGUCAACCCAGAUGGACUGUUCCUUGACUAUUACAACAGGAUGAAGGACGACGUGCAGAUUGCUGAGAGCAUCAGGAACCAUAUGAAGAGCUACGUCAAACUCUGAGUGAAUGACGGUAACCACACCAACAAGACUGUAUCAAAGACCUAUGGUAUGUCACACUUAAACUGAACCCAGUCCAGAUAAUCUCCAUCAGAAAUGAGGCCGUGUUGAAUUAUUCCCAGACCGAACCACAACAAUAUGGACGCUUCAUCAAGGCUAUACUGAUUCUGUGUGUGCAAUAAAUUGUCCGACAAUAAUGAUUUGGAUACGA